AUGAAUGUAGCAAACUCGAACCUGAAUCCGUCACCAAAACUAAUCAAAUAUUCCAUAAAUCACCGAAGUGGAUUUAUCCAGAGGAAAUUUAACUCCAGCAUAGCAUUUUCAAAUUUUUUUCAAUAUUCCAAAUUCUCAGGAAAUAAUUCUCUGGUUAAGAGAGUGCCAUUUUUAAACUGUUUUAAGAGAUUUGAUCACACGAAAACAGAUGAGGGAGUUACAGGGUUUCCCUAUUUGCCAAAUAGAAUUGAGGAGUUGACCCAUGAACAAACGCUGGAAGGCGAAAAUAUAGUGUUAAAUCCAGUUGUUAGUCCAUGUGCUCCCUACUUCACUGACUCCUAUUCCAGUAUAAUUAAACUGUACUGUGAUUCCACAGACCCAAACUACUCUCAGCCCUGGCAAAUGAGAAAACAAAUCAAAAGCAUAGGUUCCGCAUUUGUUAUAAAGGAUAAAUUAAUUCUUACUAACGCACAUUGUGUUUCCUGGCAAAAUAGAUGUUUGGUUAAAAAACACGGAUCAACUAUGAAAUAUCCAGCUCGUCUGAUUGAGAUAGGACAUGAAUGCGAUUUGGCCGUUUUGACAGUUGAUGAUGACUCUUUUUGGGAAGGAAUCGAGCCGUUUGAGUUUGGUGAUGUGCCCAAUUUACAUGAUAACGUCACUGUUGUCGGUUAUCCCACUGGAGGUGACAACCUGUGUAUAACUUCAGGAGUAGUCAGCCGUGUUGAUGUUACUACAUAUUGUCACUCAAAUUUCAGACUACUGUGUGUACAAAUAGAUGCUGCAAUAAAUUCAGGUAACUCGGGAGGUCCAGCAAUCAAAGAUGGAAAGGUUAUUGGUGUGGCAUUUCAGGCUUAUGAUGAAGCCCAAAACAUAGGCUACAUCAUCCCAACCUGUAUUAUAAGCCAGUUCCUGAAACAAAUUGAGCUUUUCAAAAAGUAUACUGGCUUUGUAACAAUCGGAAUUACAUACCAACUAUUAACCAAUCCUUAUCUUAAAUCAUAUUUAUCACUCAACAACUUACCACAAAAUGUGAAUCCAAGUGGAAUUUUGGUAUGCCAAUAUGACAAAUCAUUAAAUGGAAUAAUACAAACAAAUGAUGUCAUUUUGCAAAUAAAUGGACAUGAUGUUGCUGAUGACGGAACUGUACAUUUCAGAGGAGUUGAAAGAGUACAUUUGGCGUAUUCAUUGAAGGAUAAAUUCUGCGGAGACGAAUGUGAGUUGUUAAUCCUGAGAGAUAAUAAUCUUAAGAAAAUUAAAAUAAGGCUUGGGAAACCUAAUUACCUGGUCCCUGAACAUCAGUGGGAUAUUAUGCCCAGAUAUUACAUUUAUGGUGGACUUGUAUUCAUACCAUUAUCAAUGGAAUAUCUUAAGGAUGAGUUUGGCAAAAAGUUUUAUGAAAGAGCUCCAAAUGCACUUUUAAAGCCAUUGUCGGACAUAUUUGCAAAGGAGAAGGGUGAAGAGGUGGUUGUUUUGAGCCAGAUUUUAGCCUCAGAUCUCACAAUAGGUUAUGACUUCAAGAACAUAAGACUGGUUUCAGUGAACGACGUCAAGGUGCUGAACCUGAAACACUUGGAACAAAUGCUCAUGGAAGUUACAAAGGACUCCAAAUACGUCAAGUUCCAGUUCGAACAGGACAUUCUAGUAGUUCUUGAAACCUCAAAAGUCCCGGAAUUUGAGCACCAAAUUCUAGAGCAGCACGCCAUUUCUUCACAUAAAUCAAGAAUAAUUUAA